AUGAAUCCAGAUUUCGAUCAUCCUCACCUCCCUAACAUCAAAAUCCACCACCCUUCAUCCCCUCGCCACUCCCACCACCACUCCUCCUCCACUCCUUCAGGCGCUACUCCAACCCCAACCGCCGGUGCUCGUCGUACUCGGGAAGCUAUUGUCACCGUCAAGUCGGGCAGGGAUGACGAUGAGGACGAUGAUGAACAUGAGGCUAAGCUUGCUGCUGCUUCCGCUCAUCAUGAACACAUCAAAGGUCAGGGUCAAUGCUUUCCCUUUCUCAAUGGUUUUCGUAUUCUCGUGCCCGUUGACUUGCUAUAUAGGGAUGAUGCUGGUGGCUUAAGCCAGGUUAUAGUUUCUGGUUAG